GACACGUGGAAUACCGUAAGCGGAGCCCCCACUAAUAUUUUCAGUAUUUUCCUCCUUGAUCCCAAUCCUCUUUCUCUCACACUCUCCUUCCCAGCCGGCUUCGAUUUAUGAAACAAAGCGCGCCGAUCUUGUUCAUCCGUUAUUUUUCAGGUAAAAACAAGCAACUAAAACUGCAAAAUGGUCAAAGCAUACUCACAAGAGCAUACAUACAAGCACCCAUGGGAACGAGUCACAUCUGCAUCAUGGCGCAAGUUUGCUGACCCAGAGAACAAACACACCUUAUCACACAUCUUACAAGUCGACACCUUGAACCACAAGCUUGAACCUGAAUCUGGUAAGCUCUACACUACUCGAGCCAUCACCAUCCAUGCUCCUGGCCCAUGGUUCCUCCGCAAGAUCGUGGGUCAAGAUAUUUGCCAUUGUGUUGAGUCAACUGUUGUUGAUGCCAAAACCCGGUCAAUGCAACUUGCUACCAAGAACAUUAGUCUUGAAAAAUACAUUGAAGUGGAGGAAAAGAUCAGGUAUGACCCACACCCUGAGAACCCCAAUGAAUGGACAAUUUGCAGGCAGGAGACGCGGAUAAGGAUAAAGCCAUUGUCGACCCUGGCGUCGAUGGCUGAGAAGAUAGAACAAAAAUGUGUUGAAAAGUUUCAGCAGAACAGUGCCAAGGGUAGGCAGGUGAUGGAGAGGAUGUGUAAAUACUUGGAAGCUGAAUCUUCUUCCAGGGGCAUUUCUGUCUAGUUAUAGUUUUUUUUUUUUUGUUUUUUCUUUUUCUUAUAUUUGUAUCGAAGAUGCUGAUACAUAUAAAAAAUCAUAGUUAAACCUAACUCUUUAAGGUUUGAAUAAUGUAUCUAUGCUAGCGAGUUUCUGUUACAUUUUUCUUAUAAACAAUUUAAGUCGAAGCAAACCCGCUUGUUUAAGAUU